AUGGCCUGCGAUGACCCAGCACUCGACACAAUAGUGGAAGACUUGCCUUCCGGAGUCCGCUACGUCGCCGGCGCUGCGAUAUUCGAGAUGCCCGAAAAGCAGACAUCGUCACAACCUCCAAAGCUCCUUUGUGUCCGCCGCGCCGCCACCGAGAAAGCGUUUCCCAACUACUGGGAGAUGCUAGGCGGCAAGGUCGACCCCAAAGAAACACUCCGCGAAGCCCUCGUACGAGAAGUUUUUGAGGAGACAGGUUUGACAGUGGAGGACGUGACAGCAAAGUUGACGGAGAAGCGCUGGGAUCGGCCUGGAGGAGUCAAGUGGGCGCAGUACUGCUAUGUCGUGAAGGUCAAACAGCCGGCGAUUGUAAAGCUGGAUCCCGAGGAGCACCAGGAGUGGCGAUGGUGUGGGCUAGAGGAGGUUGAGGAAUUGGAUCGACUGGAGAAUCAGACGGCAUUGAUGCAGGAGGCCUUUGAAGGAUUGCGGGAGAUCGGAGGAUGA